AUGCACCCAGACCACAGUAAACACAUUUUAGGGGAAGUGUGUAGAUCUGAAUGUUCGUGUCUGAGGAGGAAAGACUGCAGCUGGACUCAGAUUGCAUUCUACGAGGACAAGAACUUCCAAGGACGGAGCUACGAGUGCAGCAUUGACUGCCCUGACCUGCGCUCUUAUUUCAGCCGCUGCAACUCGAUUAAGGUGGAGAGCGGUUGCUGGGUCCUGUAUGAGCUCCUCAACUACACUGGCUACCAGUACAUCCUGAGUCCUGGGGAAUACCCUGACUACCAGCAGUGGAUGGGAUUCAAUGACAGCAUCAAGUCAUGCCGCUGUAUCAAAAAUGUUUACGGAAAGUCCUGGAAGAUCAGGUUCUACGACAAGCGGGAUUUUGGAGGUCAAGCUGCAGAGUGUGUUGAAGAUUGCCCAUCAGUUUACGAGGCCCUCAAGUUCCGGGAGUUCCACUCCUGUGCGGUGAUGGAUGGCGCAUGGGUCCUCUAUGAGCAGCCCAACUACCAUGGACGCCAGUACUUUGUGGAACGUGGCGAGUACCCCAACUACACAGACUGGGGCGCCACCUCCCCUACUGUGGGAUCUUUCCGCAUGAUCAAAAAGUUUUAGAUCAGCAGCAGCUGCUGAAAGAGUAAUUUGAAUGCUUGGGCCACCAACGCUGUAGAAUUCCAAAGAAGAGUUCCAGAAAACCCACAAGGUUCCAAACACCCGAGACAACCAAAACUCCACCACAAGUUCCCGAGAUGUUGAGAAAGAUCUACAACCCCUCAAAAAGUUGAUGUUCAGAGAAGGUCACCAACUGUCCAAUCUUAAGAACCCUUCAGUCCCCCCCUUGUUUUUUUUUUUCAUUUGGACACUUGUCCUUUUCCCCUGAACCCUGAGCCUUGCACUCAAAUGAAUACAAGUAUU